GAGGGCGAGCGGCUGCAGCCGCCGGGAGCGGCGGAGCGGCGCGCAGGGUGGGCAGCGCCGGGGGAGCGGCGGUGCCCGGGGCAGCAGGGUGGGGAGAAAGAGGCACAGGAGGAGUGGUAGGAGGGAUAAGGGCAGGGUCUCCGGGGUCCGCCUGACCGUGCGUGCGGUGCCGGGUGUGUCCGCAGCAUCCCCGGAGGCGCGGAGCAUCCCCGAGCCCCGCGGUGGUCCAUGAGCGGCCGCCGCGGCUCCCCGGCGGUGAGAUGGGAGGCAGCCUGGGCUGCCACCGCUCCAUCCCCCGCGACCCGGCGGAUCUGUGCCACAGCCGCAAGUUCAGCGCGGCGUGCAACUUCAGCAACAUCCUCGUCAACCAGGAGAGGCUCAACAUCAACACGGCCACGGAGGAGGAGUUGAUGACCCUGCCCGGGGUCUCGCGGGUGGUCGCCCAGAACAUCGUGGAGUAUCGGGAGUACAUCGGGGGCUUCAAGAAAGUGGAGGACCUGGCGUUGGUGAGCGGGGUGGGGGCGGCCAAGCUGGAGCAGGUGAAGUUCGAGAUCUGUGUGAGCAGCAAGGGCAGCUCGGCGCAGCACUCGCCCAGCUCCCUGCGCAAGGACCUGGCCUCCGAGCAUCACCUCUCCGCCACCAAGAUCAACAUCAACACUGCCACCCCGGCCCAGCUCAUGAGCAUCCGUGGCAUCACCGAGAAGAUUGCCAACAGCAUCGUGGACUACCGUAAAGAGCACGGGCCCUUCAAAAGUAUCGAGGACUUGGUGAGGAUGGACUGCAUCAAUUCCUCCUUCCUGGACAAAAUCAGGCAUCAGAUUUUUGCGGAGAGGUCCCGGCCUCCUUCGACGAACACCAAUGGUGGCCUCAACUUCACGGCCAAGCCUCACCCCAGCCCCACUUCUCUGAGCCUCCAGAGCGAGGACUUGGACUUUCCUCCUGGGGGUCCAACCCAGAUCAUAUCGACUCGCCCCUCUGUGGAGAUGUUUGGAGGGGUGAGAGACGGUAGACCUGUGCUGAGGAUGGCCACCUGGAACCUGCAAAGCUGCUCCGUUGAGAAAGCCAACAACCCAGGCGUGCGGGAAGUUGUGUGCAUGACGCUGCUGGAGAACAGCAUCAAGCUUUUGGCUGUGCAGGAGCUGGUUGAUAGAGAAGCACUGGACAAGUUUUGUAUGGAGCUGAACCAGCCAACACUGCCAAACAUCCGCAAGUGGAAGGGCCCUAGAGGAUGUUGGAAGGGUGUUGUUUCCGAAAAACCCUCAGGCCAGCUACACAAGGGAGUUGAAUAUUCUGGCUUCCUCUGGGAUACAACAGCUGGCAUUGAACUGAAAGAUGCUUCAUCUCAGGAGAGUGCACAGACUAAUGGCAAUGGGAGACAUUCCUACCCUCACCCAUAUCUUGCACAUUUCAAGGUUGGGAUGAAUGAUUUAACACUGGUUAACCUUCAUCUGGCCCUGUCACCCUCAGUAGGAGAGAAUACCGGGAAAAACCACGACAGCCACAAGCUGGCAGCCUUUGCACAGACUUUGCAGGAGACUCUGAAAGGUUUCACAAACAUCCUCAUCAGCUUCGCAUUGUCGUUACUGGUAUUUGAAUUGAUCCGUAGCAUGGCAGGAGAAAAAGACGUGAUCAUCCUCGGAGAUUUUAACCAGGCCCCAGACAGCAGUGACCAUGACAUCCUGAGGAAGGAGAAGUUCCAUCACCUGGUCCCUUCCAGCACCUUCACAAAUAUCAGCACAAAGAACCCACAAGGGUCCAAGUCGCUGGAUAACAUCUGGAUCAGUCGGAGCUUGAAAAAGGUUUUCACAGGCCACUGGGCUGUUGUGCGAGAAGGUCUUACAAAUCCAUGGAUCCCUGAUAACUGGUCCUGGGGUGGGGUGGCUUCUGACCACUGUCCUGUGCUUGCCGAAUUUUACUUGGAAAAGGACUGGAACAAGAAGGAGGUGACACGGAAUGGCAAUGGGGUGAUGGUCGAACGCAGCGACUCCCACACUAAGCAUGAACGAUGAUGUGAACUUAAGGGUGCCUCUUCUGCUCCCCAGAGAGCAGUCAAAGGCUCUAUUUUCUCACUGCUUGGUGGAGCAGGUCUGUCUCCCCCUCUCCCUCCUUCUGCUCUCCUCCCCACAAGUAGAAAGCAUCAGCACUUGAUUUUGGUGGCUCUGGCUUUGUGGCCCUCCUGGACAAUUGUGGAGUGUCUCACGGCAGUGGAGCAAUCUGCAACUUUUUCUGGGGACACAGUGGACAUUUCCGUACCUGGAGAUUUGGAUGAGAAUUGUACAAAAAAUAAAGUGUACUUUUAAUACUG